UUUGAUUGCAAUCUGUUUCGCAACAUAAUAGUUUAUACAAAGCUUCCGGUAUUUCAACUUCCGAUAUUUCAACUUCCGGUGACGCUUCGACUCCAUCUUUGCAAAGAAAAAAUCAGAAAAAUGGCAGACACUGAACAAGCUGAUGAACUGCUGGACUACGACGAGGAGGAGACAGAGGCAACCGCUGAAGGGGCGGGUGAUGCCCCAGCUAAGAAAGACGUCAAGGGAACCUAUGUCUCCAUUCACAGCUCUGGCUUCAGAGAUUUCUUGCUCAAGCCAGAAUUGCUGAGAUCCAUUGUGGACCGAGGUUUUGAGCAUCCAUCAGAAGUUCAGCAUGAGUGCAUUCCUCAGGCCAUACUUUCCAUGGACGUGUUGUGUCAGGCUAAGUCAGGUAUGGGGAAGACGGCCGUUUUCGUGCUGGCUACCCUGCAGCAGCUGGAGCCCGUUGAUGGACAGGUAUCCGUGCUAGUUCUUGCCCACACGAGAGAGCUGGCGUUCCAGAUCAGCCAGGACUAUGAGCGCUUCAGCAAGUACAUGAACAAUGUGAAGAUUGCAGUGUUCUUUGGCGGCAUGCCCAUAAAGAAGGACGAGGAAGUCCUCAAGAAGAACUGCCCCCACAUCGUGGUGGGAACGCCCGGGCGCAUGUUGGCGCUAAUCAAGUCGAAGGCACUCAACGUGAAGAACGUGAAGCAUUUUAUUCUGGACGAGUGUGACAAGAUGCUCUGUGAGCUUGACAUGCGGUCUGACGUCCAGGAGAUAUUCAGGAUGACCCCCCACGAGAAGCAAGUGAUGAUGUUCAGUGCUACACUGAGCAAGGAUAUCCGCCCCAUCUGCAAGAAGUUCAUGCAAGAUCCCAUGGAAGUGUUUGUGGACGAUGACUCCAAGCUCACCCUGCACGGUCUCCAGCAACACUACGUGAAACUCAAGGACAACGAGAAGAACAGAAAGCUCUUUGAACUGCUCGACGUACUGGAGUUCAACCAAGUGAUCAUCUUUGUCAAGAGUGUUCAGAGAUGUAUGGCAUUGGCACAGCUCCUUCAUGAACAGAACUUCCCUGCCAUCGCUAUACACAGGGCCAUGACUCAGGAAGAAAGGUUGUCCCGGUACCAGCAGUUCAAGGACUUCCAGAAACGUAUCCUGGUGGCCACCAACCUGUUUGGUCGCGGUAUGGACAUCGAGAGAGUCAACAUCGUCUUCAACUAUGACAUGCCAGACGAUUCAGACACAUACCUACACAGGGUUGCCAGAGCAGGCAGAUUUGGUACAAAGGGUCUCGCUAUCACGUUUGUUUCUGAUGAGACGGACGCAAAGGUUCUCAACGAUGUGCAAGAGAGAUUCGAGGUCAACAUCUCUGAAUUACCUGACGAAAUUGACAUCUCAUCAUACAUUGAAGGCCGAUGAACAAACAUAACUGAAUUUGGGAAAAUACUCUGCAGGAGUCAACAACAUCUCCGUGUUAUUUGUGGUUGAUGAAACAUUGGACAUAUAUUAACACAUUUUAGAAACAGAAAAGUUGGAAAUCAGAUAUUGUCCUUUUAUUUUGUUUUUACUGACUUGAUAUGUUUCUAGUUAAUAGAAGAGUUGUUCUCUAACUGUAAAUUUACUGAAGUGCAACAUUGUUGUGUUCUGUUACAAGGUCUUGUACAGCUGAUGGUAGUGUGUAUUGUAAUUUUAUUUAUAUUUUUGUAUGCUUUAUAUUGAAUGCUGAAUCAAGAAUUACUGUACAUCCCAGAACGGGAUCAUUGCUGUCAUUUUAUGAGGUGUAUAAAAUAGAUUUUUAUGGUUGAGUUGUCUCAUUAUCAUGUUCAUUUUCCAUUCUGUUUAUUUUUUUUAUGCAAGUGAUUUCACAAUAAAGUAAUCAUAUCUUA